UGUGUGUGUGUGUGUUCAGUCUCAGAGAUGGCCGACAGAAAGAGCAGCAGCAGUGCAGGUGUCAGCUCUCGACUGACCGUCAGGAGGAAAGAAAAAGCAGAAAAUGAGGCCAAGAAAGAGGAGAAACCCCCUAAGGAAGGAGAGAAAGUCGAGGUGAACGGGACAAGCGUUCCGGAGGAGACCGGAGAGGCUGCCACCGGAAACGGAGCCCCGGCAAACGGAGAGAACGCUGAGAAACCGGAGCCCAUGGAGCUGCCACCGUUUGAGAUCAUCACCGGGGAUCGCAUGGACCCGUUUUUCUACAAGUUCCAGUUCAAGAACGUGGAGUAUUCUUCUGGACGGAACAAAACGUUCUUGUGUUACCUGGUGGACCAGGGGCCCGGAGCCAGCGGGCUCCUCAGGGGCUUCAUCGAGGACGAGCACGCGAGCGGCCACGCCGAGGAGGCCUUCUUCCAGCAGGUGCUGCCCAACUACGACCCCGCCCUCAAAUACACCGUCACCUGGUACAUGUCGUCCAGCCCGUGCUCCGCCUGCGCUGCCAAGCUGACAGAGAUCCUGAAGGCCAGGAAGAGCCUCCAUCUGUCCAUCUACUCCGCGCGGCUCUUCGAUUGGGAGGAGCCUGAGAUCCAGGCGGGGCUAAAGGCGCUGGCGGCCGCCGGCUGCAAACUACGCAUGAUGAAGCCGCUGGAUUUCACCUACACCUGGAACACGUUCGUGGAGAACGACGAGCAGACGUUCGUGCUGUGGGAGGACUGCCAGGAGAACUACGAGUAUUACCAAGACAAACUGGCCGACAUCCUGCAGUGAUGCUAAAGAAGCAAUAGCCGACAGACUCCUGUCCAACAGUGAAGAGAAUGUGUGUGUGUUUGUGUGAACAAGAGAGAGAAAUGUGUGCCAAAAACACUGUUUUCACCUUCUGCGUCCACACUUUGAGAAUUGUUUAAAUACAUUAUGUGAAAUACUAGUAUACUUACAGACUCAUUUAGUAACCUUCUCUCAUGUUUCUGUAGUUCUGUGAAAUAAAGAAGAUUUAUACUUUUUAAUAAUUAGUUUUAUACGUUGUUUUGCUGCGACACGUUUCAUAUCGCAUACAGUUUAUAUUCAUCAUUUUAUAUUCACGCUGGUCUAAAUUCAUACUGAGCACUGUGAAAUAUGAUUUUGUAUUAAUUAAACUGAAAGUAAUGUUGCAGGUGUGUAUGAGAGUGUUGGAAUUAUUGUGCAAGCAAUAAAUAAAUAAAAAUGUCACAUGAGGAA